AUGCACGAGUUUGCCAAAUCGCAUACAUCAUCUCAAUGGCAUAAAUCAGCAGCUACAGCUGCAAAAUGUUUCGAUGAGAACUUACCAGUUGAUGUGCAGCUGAUAUCUGCUCACAAUAGUGAAAUAGAGGCGAAUAAGAAGAUUUUAGCAUCAAUAAUUUCAACCGUCAUUUUUUGUGGGACACAUGAUUUGCCUUUAAGGGGCAAAGAACUUCACGAGGGAGUUUUCCAAGACCUGAUUAAACUUAAAAUUGAAGUUGGUGACCAAAACUUGAAAACACACAUGGAGAAUGGCCCAAAAAAUGCCACCUACCUGUCACCACAAAUUCAGAAUGAAAUUAUUGACCUUUGUGGUGAGGUAAUAAGAGAGGAUAUCAGUAUGGAUAUCAGGAAGGCAUGCGCAUACAGUAUACUAGCCGAUGAAAGCAGCGAUAUUUCUGGAAAAGAACAACUUUCUAUUGGUGUGAGGUUUUUUGAUGAAGAACUUAUGAUGAUUCGAGAAGAAUUUCUGGGGUUCGUGGAACUAAGUGCCAUGGAUGCUAUUUCUAUAGCCUCCGCCAUUGAUAAUUUCCUAGCCAACGCAGGCCUUGACCCUGAAAAGUGCGUCGGACAAGGGUACGAUGGAUGUUCCACCAUGGCUGGAAAGGACGGCGGGGUACAAAAAAUUCUCCGGGAAAAGUACAUGCGGGGGUUGUAUUUUCAUUGUGCUAGUCACAAACUUAAUUUAGUGGUGAACGAUUUAAACCAGUUAGCAAUGAUUCGAAAUACAGUGGCCACAAUAAAAGAAAUAAUAAGAUUUUUCCGAGAAUCCCCACUUCGGCGAAAAUUCGUUCCAAACGUGCCGAUGUUCUGUGAGACCCGCUGGUCUCAAAAAUACAGAAGCAUCGCCAUUUUUAGAGAGCAUUAUGUAGAAAUCGUGGCUGCUUUAAAAACGCUCUCAACAGAUGGUAAUGCAGCUACGAGAAAAGCUGCUUUUCAAAUGCAUUGUGCUGCUUCAAAUUCCGAGUUUAUUAGUGUCUGCUUAAUAGCAAAAUAUUCUGCAUUAUUGCAACCAGUUGUGAAUGUUUUGCAGUCAAAAAGUUUAGACUUAUUACAAUGUAUGAAUCAUGUAAAAAGAAUUACAGACCUUUUAAAAACACACCGGGAAAAUGUUAGUGCCGAAAGCGUAUACAUACUAAAAGAAGCCGAAGACAUUAAUACGGACUUUAAAAUGCCGAGAGUUACAAACCGACAAACGCUUCGUGCAAAUCCUCCAGCAGCUUCUGGUACUGAGUACUGGACGAGAUCUUUUAUAAUUCCGUAUCUGGAUUCAUUGAUAAUGUCUUUAGGACAGCGAUUCUCUAAUGAAAAUCUGCCAGCCUACGAGUUGCUUUCAUUACACCCUAGUAUAUUUCUUUCUUUAUCAUUUGCUGAGUUUUUAAAAAAAGUUAAAGUCUUUUGUGACUACUACAACUUAAACGAGAUUUUGGCUGAAAUGGAACUAUGGUAUAAUCUGUGGAAAGAAAAAAAGAAGUCAGACUCGGAGUUAAAAGAGAUUGAACUAGUUGAACUAGUUAAAGAGGCGCAAUCUUUUUACCCAGGCAUUAAAAAAGCCCUCCAAAUUUCACUCGCGCAGCCUUGCACUACCUGCACAAUAGAAAGAUCAUUCAGCACCUUACGUCGGGUAAAAACUUGGUUACGAUCAACAAUGUUGGAAAAUCGGCUUGUUGGACUUUGCAUGAUGAGCGUCCAUCGAAAAAGAGUUUUAAACGCGAAGGAUGAGUUUGAAAAAGAAAUUUUGUCCAGGUUUAGCAAGAAUUGUAGAAAACUAAUGCUAAAAUAA